AUGCAGAGGGAGGAAAAACAGCUUGAGGCAUCAUUAGAUGCACUGCUGAGUCAAGUGGCUGAUCUGAAGAACUCACUGGGGAGUUUCAUUUACAAGCUGGAGAACGAGUAUGACCGGCUGACCUGGCCAUCUGUCCUGGACAGUUUUGCCUUGCUUUCUGGACAGCUGAACACUCUGAACAAGGUCUUGAAGCAUGAAAAGACACCACUCUUCCGCAACCAAGUCAUCAUCCCUCUGGUGUUGUCCCCAGACCGAGAUGAAGAUCUCAUGAGGCAGACUGAAGGACGGGUACCUGUUUUCAGCCACGAGGUGGUCCCUGACCAUCUGAGAACCAAGCCUGACCCUGAGGUUGAAGAGCAAGAGAAGCAGCUGACCACGGAUGCUGCUCGCAUUGGUGCUGAUGCAGCACAGAAACAGAUCCAGAGCUUGAACAAGAUGUGCUCAAACCUUCUGGAGAAAAUCAACAAAGAGGAACGAGAAUCAGAGAGUGGAGGUCUCCGGCCGAACAAGCAGACCUUUAACCCAGCAGACACCAAUGCCUUAGUGGCAGCUGUUGCCUUUGGAAAGGGGCUGUCUAACUGGAGGCCUUCAGGCAGCAGUGGUCCUAGCCAGCCAGGCCAGCCGGGAGCUGGAACAGUCCUCGCAGGAGCCUCAGGAUUACAGCAGGUGCAGAUGGCAGGAGCUCCAAGUCAGCAGCAGCCAAUGCUCAGUGGGGUGCAGAUGGCCCAAGCAGGUCAGCCAGGGAAAAUGCCAAGUGGGAUAAAAACCAACAUCAAGUCGGCUUCCAUGCAUCCCUACCAGCGGUGA